UUAAGAUGUUCAGAGUGCUGCAACAAAAUUAGUUUACUAAUGUAAAAUAUUAUUUCCAGCACUCGAAUAACUUAGCUACAAUAUUAUAAUUCUCUUUUGAUUAAUUCUACUUAUGUAGUAAAACUAUUUAAAAAUGAACCCACACUACUGUAUUAUUUUGUCAUUAUAUAUUAUACUGACAGUCAAAUUUAUGAUGAUUGAAUCAACAAACAAAGUUUCGCCAUCAUAUUACGUCAGUCAAACAUUCUCUUAUUCAUACAUUAAUACAGUGAAUACUUUGAAAACCUACAACCAGCAAGAAAUAAUUUUUAGUGAACAAGAAAUGACAGUUUUGACAACCCCUGUUCGAACUUACAACGACACUAAAAACCGCGAUAAGGUAUUUGAUAAAUUUUACAAGAAAAUCGAAGACAUUAAAUGUACAUGCUCAUUGAUCGUAAAAACGAAACUGGUGCAUUUGACAAAUAUUCUGGAAGCGUUGCGAAGAGGCGGAACUAUUGAUGUAGCACGAGAAGAACUUAACGUAUUAAAAGAAGAAGCUGGUUUUAUGGUUCUAUUAUUUGAAAAUGCCAAAGGCAAAGCGGGUAAAUGGUUUUGGAGUUAUUAUUUCAAAAUCAUGGCAAUGAUUGAAUACGAGAGCAACAAACAUUUCUUUGGGGAAAAUCCUUUCGAAGAAGAGGAAUUACAAAGCGAUAUUACAACAUUUUUACAAUACUGCAAGAAUAACAAAUAUUUUCCCAAAAAUAAACCACAGGUUGAUUUAGUGUCGAAAAAUCCCAAUGUACCAAUUAACAUUUUUAGAGUUCUGCAAAGGUCUGUAAUUAUUGGUGUACAUUAUGCUGACAUCAUGCAGCACAUUUCGAUCGAAUAUUUGUAUCUAAAACCAUUAUGGGAUGAACACGAAUUACUGUUUGCAAAAAUAACAGGCUCAGUCGUAGAAUGGAGGCCAACGAUAAGACGCCACGCCGCCGAAGUAAAUAAAACUAAGGAAUUCAUUGAAAACCGCGAAUGGAUAUCGAAGCCGUUUGGCCACCUUACUUACCACAAGUUGAUUCAACAAAUCAUCAGUGUGAGGAUGUACACUUAUCUGUGGGUGGUAUUGCUAAUAUUCAACAAAGAAAUGCCUAAAAUGGAUUUGAUCCAUUCGCAAGUUUUGUAUGCGGAGACAAUGAACACAAUUGAAAAUGUACAAGGGUUUAUAUACUUUACCGAAUUUUUGUUUUUUGAUGUAGUCGGUGCGUAUAAUGGUGCAAUGCACGAAGAUCCAAAAAAUUUUGAUAGCAUUAUAGCUAGGAUAUCGGCAAGAGUCAAAGAACUUUUAGUGGAGUUAAACGGGUGUAAAUCAAAUGGAAUAGAUUGGAUUAGUAUUGACAUAAACGAAGAGUUUAAUGAUGGUAUGAUAAUAGAUUUUCUUCAAGAAUAUAAUGAUAAUUUUUAUCUGAUAAGUGAAAAGUUAACGAUUUUAAACUAUGAGCUUGCUUUAAGUAUCUUGGUCGAAGAAAAUUAAUUUUUUGGAGCUAAUAACAAAAUUAUUUAUCUAGCAUUACACUUAUAUUUUUCUAAUCUGUUUCCUAUUUCAUUCCAUACAAAUGGUACAGUAAGUCAUUUCAAAUUCUAUUUGGCGCUUUAUUUUUUUUUCUUUCUAAAUCCUCUCAUUAUCUUCACUUCUUUUAUUACAAUAAUUUCCUUUUUCACAAUGUGUUUUUAUAAGUUAUACUUUAUUGGGUGUAAGAAAUUAAUGUGAUGAAGGAAAAUGUCUGCACCACGAAUCUAGCUUUGGAUAAAUUAUGCACUGUGCACUUUAUACUGUAAGCGUUCUCCAAAUUUGAUCUAAAAUAAAAAAUGUUAUUUAUCUAUUACACAUAAUAAAUAUUUAAAGUAUUGUUAAUUAUAUAUAAAUAAAUAACAUAAUUAUUGAAAUGAAAUCUUAAUUUAGCAUUAAAAGUUAAAUUUAUAAAAGUUAUCCAUUUCGUAUGUGGUAGAAUGCUUUUUACGUUUUUCUAAACGACUCAAAAAUAAAUGAAUGAUUAACACAGUCAAAUGUAUGUAAUUAUU